AUGGCGCCAACCGUCCCUCAGGAGGUGGAGUCGUCGGGGUCCCGAUCGACGCGACGGUCCUAUUCCGCACGACGCCCUCGUGGCAUGCCCGCAUCUGCGGCCGCACCUUCCUCUCCAGAGGAAGCGGCUGCCGGAGAUUCAAUUGGCGCACAGUUGGUGACUCCCGAGCCUGCUUCAGCUUCAACUGCCGGAGGGAAAGCUUUGCCAGCUUCAACUGCCGGCGGGGAAGAGUUGACAGCUCCAGCUUCACCUGCCGGAGGGGAAGAGGUGGAGCCUAUGCUGGAGCCUGAGGAUACUGCUGCGGGUGCCAUGCUGGAGCCUGAGGAUACUGCUGCUGCAGCUCAAAUAACGAAGCUUCCCACACUGGAUUCAGACACUGCUACUAGUCCAAAUAUUAUUCAAGAAAGUGAAGCAGAUACCAUCCUUAAAGCAUCAGAGUUUGUUUUAGGGCUCUCCUCAUAUAUUGAUGGUGAGUUACUAAGAAACUGCUCUGGCAUUUUGAUGGAGAGGAGUAAGGGCGCUGGAACCAUUCUAACAACAUCGCAACUCAUCUGCUCAAGAUCUCCAAAUGUGGAUGAGUGGUUAGGCGGAGAUGAAUAUGCUCUAAAUGCUGAGGUCCGUGUUCAGUUAUUGCAUAAGGAUGAUUUUGGGAAGGGUGAAUUGAUGUAUUUAGAUAAGCAAUAUGGUUUUGCCCUGUUCCGUGUACUCAUGGAUGAACCAAAGAAGUUACCUCGUUUCAGCAAUGAACGGUUUGCUCAGGAUGUUUUCCUUCUUGGAAGAUACGAGUUGAAUUUACAAAUAGGUAAUGGCAAAGUGCUGAGCAAAGGUGCAGGCAAGUUUCAACAUCACCAUUACAUGUACACCGAUGGUCAUAUCUCUCCGUUUGGUGCUGGAGGGGCAGUUAUAAACUUUGAAGGAGAUGUUACUGGAAUGAUAACUAGUUCCAUACAUUUCAUACCUUCUUCAAUCAUUCGAAAGUGUUUGGAGAUUUGGAGGACAUACAGUCAUGUACCUCGGAUCCAUCUUGGGAUGAAGCUUUUUGGCAUCAAAUGUUUAAACCUUGUCAGUAAAGAGAAGAUAUCUCGGAAGUAUAAUGUUGAUGCCGGUCUUAUCGUCAAAGAGGUGUCAGCAGAAUCUAAUGCUGAGAAACUUGGUGUUAGGAUGGGUGAUAUUAUUCUAUCCGUGAAUGGUGAAGUCAUUGCUACUGCAGUUGAGUUGGAGAAUAAGUUGCUAGAUAUAAGCAAGGCCCUUUUGGAAAAAGGAAUUGUCCCUGGCUCCGGCGUGGAUGUAACGUUAGCGCUCGGCGUAUUCAACACCACCAAAUGUGCCCGUGGCAGAAUACUGUUAAGAGCAAAACUGUCAAAUGAUGAGGAAAUCAUCGAAGAAGGCUGCUCAGUCGUCUCCUUGAAGAACUUGCAAUUGUUUGUCUAUGGGUAG